AACACACGGUCACCUGUUCAGUAUGCUGUGAUGUGAUUGGCUCUCGGAAAAGCAGCCGUUUCUCUCGUUCUGUGGGAGUUUUUUCCGCCUAAAACCGGUGCCGUUUUCACCGGAGCUGAGACGGGUUUUCAGUCCCGGGUGAAGAUGAAGAUGAAGAUGAACCAGGCUGCGUUCACGCGCCCGCUCAUCCUGCUGAGUCUCUGCCUGCUUCUGAGGGCGGAGCAGCGGCCGGAGCAGCGGCUGGAGCAGCGGCCGGAGCCGGAAGACGGCAGCGGCGGCGGCGGCUGGUCAUUAAAUUCGGACGUGAGAUUGGAGGACGACAGUCGCUGUGACGUGGACGUGUUGGACGCCUCGUCGCUCUCGUAUCAACAGUUCCUUGAAAGAUACGCGUACAGUCGUCCCGUCGUCCUGCGAGCUCUGACCAAUAACACGAACUUCCGGCUCCUCUGCUCGAAGUGGACGUUACUGCAGGAAUAUGGAGGCAGGACCGUUCGUCUGAGUACGGCCAACACGUACUCCUACAGGAAAGUGGACGUGUCUUUCCAGGAGUACGUGGACGUUUUCCUGAAGCCUCAGUCCACUGAGGUUCUGGGCAACGACACGCUGUACUUCUUUGGAGACAAUAACAUGAGUGAGUGGCAGAGUCUGUUCCAGAACUACGUGUCUCCUCCGUACGUCCUCCCUCUGACCUCAGCAGCCUACAGCUUUGGUAUCGCAGGUCCAGGAACAGGAGUUCCCUUUCACUGGCACGGACCUGGAUUCUCUGAGGUCAUCUAUGGAAGAAAGCGCUGGUUCUUGUCUCCUCCUGAUAAAGAACCUCACUUCCACCCAAACCACACCACUCUGUCCUGGCUCAGAGACAUUUACCCCAGUCUGCCGGAGGACGAGGCUCCUCUGGACUGUACCAUCGGACCAGGAGAGGUGCUGUAUUUCCCUGACCGCUGGUGGCACGCCACGCUCAACCUGGACACCAGCGUCUUCAUCUCCACCUUCCUCGGCUGACUGACCUGCAGGACCAGGACCAGGACCAGGACUAGGACGUCCAACUGUCCACCUCCAGCUUCACCACACGAUUUUUUCUAACCCGUUAUUUUGAACUUUAAGGGACAGUUGAGGUUUUUCUGUAUAAAGAGUGAGUGAAUGAGUGAAUGAGUGAGUGACAGAGACACAUGGUCAGCACUGGGGACCUAAGACAUGGACACUGACCUUUUGACAACAGUCUUUAAUCAUGUAUAAAGUACAUAAUGAAGAUUUUUACAAAAAUUUACAAAAAUGUUGAAAAUAUCAGUUUGAUUUGAACUGGAUGAAGAUAUGAAAUAUAAAUACAGUGACUUUGAUACUU